GGAAAAUGUAUAACAUAUCAUCACUCUGUUGGUCCAUUCAAUGCAAGUAAAUGGUGGCCAGAACUUUGAAGCACCAAAAAGCAUAUAAAGGCAGCAUAAAAGUAAUCCAUAAGACUGUAAAAAGUCGCUGUGUUUUGAAGGCUAAUUGCUGUGUUCGUUUGAGCAGCCCGUCUAGCCCCGCACAACAAUGCUGACUCAAUCAAUGGCAUUAAUUGGGGUUGGGACUAGCUGUUUGUUCGAGCCCCAGCAGACAAGGGAUGUAUUCGGAAAGCUAUUUGAAAACACUUUUUAUUUGUGCAAUUCUGUUUGGUGGUGUAAGUGGUGCAGAAAUUACACACUUAAAGAUGAAUUGUGUAACAUCUACACCACUAAAUGGAAUGGAGAAAAAAAAAAAAAACCCUGAUCUUCUAUUUGUUGUUCAAACAGGUAGUCCCAGCCCAAACUUGUACAACUGGUCGAGCCAAUGGUGUGUCAUCCAUACGGGCUGUUCAAACAAACAGCAGAAUGUUCCAAAGUGUUACACUUAGGUGAAAUUAAACUACAAAUGACUUGCUUAAAGUUGACUCUGCAUAUUAAGCAGGGUUAGGAGAAAGCAUUUUACCAUCAAAAAAAAUAACAUGCAUCAGCAUUUAAAUGGUGGUGUUGCAGGUUUCAUGUAAUUAUAUCUCGGGUCAUGUUAUCUGUUGGAUUCUUUCCUGAACAGGAAGUGGCCAAAAAGUGCUUGGGAAGCAAAACCUUUCGGUUGACCUUGGAGGAUGGGGUCUGUCUGUGCAAUCUGAUCAACAAGCUUAAGCCAGGAAUUAAGUGAUUGAACAAGCUCUCCACUCCCAUUGCAGGCUUGGAUAAUUUAAAUGUGUUUCUCAAGGCUUGUGAGAAACUAGGUCUCAAUGAAGCUCAGCUCUUUCAUCCUGGAGACCUGCAGGAUGUGAAAAACCGAGUGACUGUCAGGCAUGAAGAGACCAGCAGGAGACUGAAAAAUGUUUUGAUCACCAUAUAUUGGUUGGAGAGGAAGGCCCAGGCUGACCCUUUUUACACAGGACCACUGCUAAACCUGAAAGCCUUUGAAGGUUUGCCGGGAAUAGCAUUAUCCAAGGCUCUAGAGAAGCAUUGUAAGUCGUGUGUGACCGUGCUAUGCAGAGACAGUGGCUAUGCAGAGGGCUGGUUCUCUGACAGGGAGGAUCUGUUCAGUCUGAAGCAGCUGAGCUACAGGAGAGAAGUCUCCGUUGAGAACCUGGAUUCAUUUGAGUCUUGCACACUCGGUUUGGCAUCAGACAGCACCCUCAGAGCUGGCAGUAAAGGCUGCUGUAGUGACGCAGAACAUUGCUUUAGGAUGGCAGAAGGCAGUAAGAGUGACUUUCCAAGCAGAGAGAGGGUGCACAUCCCAUCUGCUCGGGUGAGGAAUUGGGCUGAACCCCAGGAGGGCAGGGGUUGCACAGGCCCCCUCAUUAGUGAAAUUGGGAAGGGCUUAUGCCUUGACCUCCCUCCUGCCUCUGCCUUCCUCCAAUGGGCGAGCAGUUACCAGAGUGACAGUGACUCUGACUCGGACCGCCCUGAGCCAGACCUUGUGCAGGACGACCUAGCCAGUCGCAGAUUUCGCUCUGUAAACUGUGUGGCACCUGUGAACUUUGCAAUCCCUUCAAAACCAAGAGGUCUCAAAGUGACCCCUAUGGGGACCCCAAGUGCUGGGAAGUCAUGGCUUACAUUGUCAGAUGCCUCACGGCUGGCUGCAGUGCCACCGCAGAGAUCAAACCAGAGUGUGUUGUCCUCCCUACCCUCUGAAAAUGGACAGACUGAUUUGGAAACAGACACUUUAGAGGAAGAGUUUCUUCAUAGAGCACUGAAUGAUGGCAUGAGUGACUCUGAUGAGGACCAAGGAUAUGCUGAUCCUGUGCUGGACGACCUUCAUGCUCGGCGGGUGCUUCUAGCUGAACAUCAGACCUCCAUCAAUGCCACUUCUGACAAGUUUCUACCCAAAUACUGGACACCGGAGGAAGAUCUACAUGUGAAAAAGAUCAGACUAGGGUCCCAGCGCAGGCCAUGGUACAGGAAGCUGCAAGGCUUCAGGAGCAAAUCAAUGGGUGUCAUUACACUAGAGCCCAUACUACAGGAAAGCUCCAACUUUGACGUACUGGGGUCAUGGCAUAUUCACCAGAGAUCUAUUGGGGAGCUGACCUUUGACCCCUCAGCCAUGCAGAGGGUUCAACAGGAGUAGUUACAGAGCAUCCGAAUCAGAAUGAAGGAAAGUGAAGGAAGUGGUACGAAGUGUCACUUGUUUAACACAAACACUCUCUUCAUCUGCCAUUAUUUGGACAGCACAAACUGUGACCUCAACAGGAAGCAAGAGAAGAGGAAGCAAAUUGAGCUCAUUACCAGUGGGGGAGGGAGUAGUUCUGUCAAGACUGCACAGCUCACUGGGGUGCCAGAGGAUUGCUCCAAUAUGCUUGGACCCAUGAGUGAUGCUGGGUCCAGUAUGACCAGCAAUGUGCUGACUGGGUGGUCCACCACCUCUGCUUCAACCCUUACAAACAGCAUAUCUCUGGCCAGUGACACUAAUGCAGAGACACUUGACUAAGCCCAAAGGAGCACCAGUAAAUUCUUAAGUCCACCAGCAGCUGUCAGCCCUGAACAGAGUUCACCCACCAGUCUGACCGUCUCUGAUCCAGAGCAGUUGGAUACAGACUUGAACCGUCGCGCCUGCCCCUUGUAGAACUUUUACGCAGUGGGAACGCGGAUGUCUGCUACUCUACCUAGAUGUUUUAGGUCAGAAGGUUGUUCAUGGCUCUCAACAGGUGUCACACCCUGGCCGUUUGGAGCCAAACCAUCCAAAGUAACCUCACUGCCUAGAGUCUAUGCUAUGGAUGACUCACAGACAAGUCUGAUCAGUGGGCAGAAAGACCAAUCCCUGAUACCCUUUUUCCUCAGUGGUCAAGGAAAGCACGCAUCCUCCACAGACACGGGUCACUCUCGUUCAAACACUCAUCCUAUUCACACUAAGAAAGAGGAGGAUGGGGAGGAGAGAAGAGAUGGAAGAUCAUCAGCACCUCCCAUUCAGUCUUUCGUCUCUAAAUUGACCGUGGCUGCCUCUCUUAAACAAUCAUCUCCUCCCACACAAUCACACAUAAGGGAAACAAAGUUGGGUCAGAGUGAACUGAGAGUCUGCUUGAAUCAGAAGUCAAAUAGUGGGAGAGACUUUGGAUUAUAUGCUCACUGGGAAACUGGUGCAUGUGUCAAAUCUGUCCAAGCAGGAAGCCCAGCAGAACUGUGUGGUUUGCAGAUGGGUGAUGAGAUUGUGGCACUGGGGGACUGCAGGGUGGAUAAUAUGAAUUAUGAGCAGUUUAUGGGCAGUAUGGACACAGCACAACAAAAGGGCUCUUUACUGAUGGACAUUGGAUGCCAUGGCCAGAACGACUGGGGCAUUGGCCACCCUUCCCUCCCGUACAAGAUCCAUAAGACCAUCAAUUUGACCAAUGCCAAUUCAACACUUUUAGGGUGACCUGAGACUAUGUGUCUCAGCACAAGCUCAAACUCGCCAGCGGAGACUGUGGCUGUUACGUUAGCAGGCGGAGGCAGACGAGGAGAGAAGUACGAUCAUGAUCAGGAGAAGUUGGAGGAGGAGUGGAGAAGAGCUCAGCAGGAGGUCUAUGGAGCGGAGCACAGGGGUCCUGAGGAGCAGAAAACCCCUGAUGUGCUGUCCAAUGGAAAUGUCACACCUUAUAUUCCACCUCCCUUCAACCAAUCUACUGCUCCCACUUCAGUGGCACCCAAUCAGCAUAUAGAGAAGGUGGGGAUACCACAAAACAGACAGACUGCUGUGCAAAUGGAAGCUAGACACCAUUCACAGAAGGCAGAAAUGGAGUGUUAUUCAACCACAAAGAAUCAGUGGACAAAGUCAAAAUCAACCUCUACUCUUGAAGGCCUUCACAAACAAGAUGCAAAAGGGAGUGGUAAGAAGAAGGGGCAGCUGUCACAGGCAGAACAGGAACGCCUGCAGGCUUUCCUGGAGGAAAUGAGGAAGAGGACGCAGCUCCUCACAGACAGCAGCUGGAUCCGCCAGCGUGUUGCGGACAUUGCUCAGUUCUACAAAGCCUCAAGAAGAGAAAGGGUGAAGCAAACGAUAGCCAAAGUGACAUGUGGUAGGCUACUAAAAAAAUACAGACUCCAGUCAUUUGCCUGCUGUGCUCUUGGAUUCUCCAAGAAGAGGGGGAAGAUGGACAGGGAUGCAGACCACUUGUCAGAGAAAGAAGAGUUCAAGGAGAGCGGAGAGGCCACGUGCCAGUGCAAAACGCACAAAAACCUUCAGUUCAUGGCUGACACCCUCUACAGUCGUGGGAUUGUGGACUCCAAGAACCUUGAGGAGAUGGCAGACCGCACUGUCUGUGCCACGGGAAUCAAAGCCUGUGCUUAUGGUGACUGCGAAGAGUGCCGUCUCACCACUCACCCGACCUUGAAAGCACCAACAGAGGAAAUUGUACAAGUUGUACAAUGGUCUGUUGAAAGGAUAGAUGAGGAAGAGAGGAAGACCAUUACCCUUAAGAAGGAGGUGCAGAUCUGGUGGCAAUAUGGUGCUUACAGAAAGCUACGGGACAGCCUCCAAGCCAACGAGUGCUUAAUCCAUAUGGACUUCAGUGAAAAUUACUCAUUUAAAUAUCACAAUGAGAUCCAGUCUGUGCAUUUUGGAGGAUCCCACCAACACACGAUCCCACUGCACACAGUGACACUGUACACCACUGAACAGACACCAAUAUCAUUCUGUUCGAUCUCGUCCUCACGACGACAUGACCCACCAGCGAUCUGGGCCCACCUGGAGCCUGUCCUGGAGAUAGUGAAGACCAAGUGCCCAAAGGUCCCUGCUCUGACUCCUGUUAAGGGCACAAUGAAGAUGCACCAGGUAAUCAGCCUCUUACCUGGGCAAAUCAAGUACAGGGACAUCAGUUGUUUCUGUCAGAGGCAGGAGGAUCGCCUGGAUUGUGCUUGCUUUAAGCUAAAAGUAGCUACUCUGGGUGGAGUUCCAGUGACACCCCCGACGCAGAACAAAGAGAUCCCAUGGCGACCAGAGUCAUUUGACAGGAAGUAG